AACUGUCAUCCUUUACCGACACGUUUGGACGCACUCGGUGAGUGGCGGGGCUGCCACGUUGGCGGCCGUUGCCCCGCGGGGGGCUCCUCUCAGCGCUGCGGGGCGAGCCGACCCCACGGGCAUUUGAACCCACAAACAGGGGCGAGCGGCUCGAGGGCCCCGCUCUCCCCGAAGGGGACAGCCCCUUCCCCGCGCCGCUUUCCCCCGCUGUGACCUCGUGCCCCCGAGGUGCCCGCCGCACCUGCUGCCUUCGCCCGCUGCCGUGCUUGGGUUUGCCGAGGCGAUGCGCCGUUCUGACCCGUCCGCGACCCCAACCGCUCCGGGGCCGAGGCGGGGAGGGAGAGAAGAGGGCUCGGAGGUGCGGGCCGGGGCCGGGGCACAGCGGGGCAGAGCCGGAGCGCGGCGGGGCCAUGGGGGACGCGGAGCCCGGCGAGGCGCGGCCCCCGUCGGGCAGCCCGGCCCCGCAGAAGCCGCCUUACACCUACGCGGCUCUCAUCGCCAUGGCCAUCCGGGCCAGCCCCGAGCAGCGCCUGCCGCUCAGCGGCAUCUACAGCUACGUCGCGGGCCGCUUUCCUUAUUACCGCCGCGGCCCUAAGGGCUGGCAGAACAGCAUCCGCCACAACCUCAGCCUCAACCCCUGCUUCCUCCGCCUGCCCCGCCGCUCCGGCGCCCCGCACCGCGGCGGCGAAUGGGCGCUGGACCCCGCCUUCCAGGACGCGCUCCCGGGGGGCGGUUGCCGCCGCCGCCGCCGUUCGAGCCUCCCCCCCCCGCCGCCGCCGCUCCCCGGCUGCUCGUGCGGUGCCCGCCCCGCGCUGCCCCGCGGCUGCAGCCGCCCCGAGUUGCCCGCCUGGAGCCCGCUCUGCUGCCCGGGGUUCCCGCAAGCGUUGCCCGCCUGGAGCCCGCCCUGCCGCCCGGAGUCCCAGCGAGCGCCGCCCGCCUGGAGCCCGCCCUGCUGCCCGGGGUCCCCGCUAGCGCUGCCCGCCUGGAGCCCGGGGCCGUCCCCAGCGCUGCCCUCCGGGAGCUCGGCUUCGCCCCCGCUGCAGCCCGCCUGGCCGCUGCCCGGCGUCCCCGCCGCCGCCCAGUGCCCGCCCGAGCCGGGCCCCCACCGCCCUCUGGCCGCCAGCGGGGCCCCGGUGCUGCCCUGAGGCUUCCACGUUCCGUCCUGCCCGCUUUCCUGGGGAUUCGACUUGUAGAAGGUCCAUCCGUCGGAAGUGUGCGAAGGAAGAUUGGCCUGGAAGAUUCUUGUAGGUUGAGCAGAUCCCCGUUGCGUUGCAGCGGCUGCGAUGUGCUGCCGUGUUUUGCAGAGCUGUGAAUUAUCUCCUCUGCAGCAAUUUGUCAGUUCAGAUUUGUUGGUGUUUGAACCUUAAGACAACCCUGGAGGGGGCUUGGGCAAGCUCACCUGCGCGUCGUGUCUUCUUGGAUCUGGAAGUAUACGGAAGGUCAAGGGAUGCCACUCCUUGUGGAAGUGAAAUUUGGCUUUGCUACAGGAACAAUAUUUUUGCAAGUGUCCUUAAACUCAUUAACUCAUUCUUGAGCUGUUAUUUCAAGCUGAUGUAUAUCUGUAAGCGAUACGUGUAUUUUUCAGUUUUGUAGAGAAAAAAAUAACCAACCCACAAAGAUCUUUGGAGUAACGCCGGGAAUCUUAUCACUUUGUGCUUAAAGCAGAGCUGCAGGAGGUUUUGUACACAGCCAGGGUUUAUUUUGUAGUGUUGCUUCUUAGAGAUGUUUACAUACAUUUGUUCUUAACAUUUUUCUUCCAAGUGAAGCUAUAAUUAUUUUAUGAGGGUGUUUCCCCCUUUUCAUUUCAGAGUCGUUUCUGUGCUUCCCCCUCAAAAUAAGGGUCAGGGACCAAGUAUGCUUCCAGUAAGAGCUGCAUUUAAGUUUGUUAAGGAAAAGUUGAAAUACUGUUUGUGCAGUUUGUGCACUUUGCCAUAGGUUACGUUUCAUGAAUUGUUCAAUACUCCCCGUUAGAGUCCAUGACUUUGGAAAGGACUUGAACUGACUUGGCCCUUUUUUGUUCACCCGUAAAAGAAGCUGCGGAUUAAACCCGGUUUCGUAGUUUGUAUUUUAACAUUUUCUUGUACUUAAGAAAUGAUUCUGGGUGCUGUCUUUAAAUUCUAAGAACGCAAUGUCAAUGAAACGUGGAAAUGCUGUCAGAUUCAGCCCGGGCGACAACUUUGAGGCCGGUCUUGCAGGAUACGCAUUAAAGACGCUGCAGUUCUGUUGUUCUCCACGUUGCUCUUUGUCUCCCUGCACUCACCCCCAGUGCCCCCACGCAGGUGGCAAUAAAAUCAAUAUAGCACCCUCAGAGGAACACAGCCAUAAAGGAAUUGUUGCAUCUUGGAGCUUGCAGUAAGGAUGUAAGGACAACAAGGGCUGCUAGGGUUCAGGUUUUAAAACUGCAUCCUUCUGUUUUGGAGAAGUUUUUAGGUCCCUGCUGUGGUUUAGGUCAUAUAUGAAUAAUGCACGUUUGUGAAACUAUCGCUGCUGCGUUUGGGGUAUGAAGCUUGAGCUCUGGACAGUCAUUAAUUCCACUGCGCACAACAAUUAGGAAAAUAAGAAGAGUUUCUGAAAGUCGGUGUUUCCAUGUGUGUGCUUCUCACCUUGCUCUUCCAGCCGAGCUGCGUUUUGUUGCCAGUUAGCGUGACCACACAUCGCCGGUUUGGGUACUGGGGGAAAAGAAGAGCAUCCCUUCCCCCCGGCUGGGUUUCCCCUAGGUUCUGCUGAGGGCUUUUGUCUGCUCUGUGUUGGCUUUCUGGCAGCUGUGGGCCAUGGGCUGGGCCACCUAUGUCAUGCGAUUGUGGGCAGAGGCUGUGGAGCUGGGACCUCCUGAGGAGGCUGCCUUGUGGGGAGUGCCCUUACACAUAGGAAAGGGGAACAAGAACUGAUUCUGUUUCUGGAGGGGCUGUGUGUGUUUUCCCCAGGUCACCUGCUGCCAAGGGCAGGUGUCAGCAGCCCCACUCAGGGCCUGGCAGCUGCAGCCCAUCCAUGCUAACAAGGCCUAGAAGCUUCUGUGGGGCAGUGGGUGCAGGGGCUCCUGCGUUUUGUGCUUUCUGCUCCCUUGUGGGGAGAUCUACCCCUGUCUUUUGGAUUUAUAUUUUGGAUUUGGGCUUGCUUUUGGAGCACAGCUCUAUGUGAUCCGGUGGCUACCUGGCAGGACGUGGAUUGGGUGCCCAUGGGCAGCUGCAAGCACUCUUGCCAGGCAGUGCUGUGAACACAAGGUGCCAUGGUGACGUUGUUCGCUUGUUGUCAUC